UCCUUAAAUGUAUUUUACAUUUUCAUUUUCUUCCAAAAAAUGUCAUCAGUCAACCCCUUUGAGUGAUGGAAACAAAGUAAGCCUCCUACUGAGGCUGGGGGGGGGGAGGGAAGGAGUUUCUGAUUAUAGUGGUUUAGAAAACCCUUUUUAAAACAUUUUAAUGUGAUCUAAAUGUAGCAAGAUACUUUUGGUUUUUAGAUGACAAAACUUUUGUGAAGUAUCUGAGAACCCAGACUUUUAAUAGGACUCUACAUACAAAACAAAUGAUUUAACCCUGAGUUACCAAUUAACAGUAUCUCUCUGUGUUCUACAAAGAACGGGCCAGGAAAGUUGUGCCACCUAUAUAUUCAUCAUCCCCAGGUUUGGUUUUAAAUUGCAAAUCCUUAUACUCACAAAUUGUGUGAUGUAAAGUAUUGAAAGCUCCACCUCUUUUCCAAAUAUCUUCAGACUUUCCUUGUAUAAAACUGAUAGGAGGCAGGAUCUGAAUGAUAUAAUACUUCUUCCCGCCACCACCACUAUUUGUUCAACAGCAGGGUAAAAGUGUCAAGAAUACCACCCUUUGUUAAGAUGUCAAAUGCUCAGUCAUUGGAUAUUCCUGAAGAUCUUCAAGAAGAUGACAGACCGAAGUGGGACAAUAAAUUCCAGUAUAUUUUAAGCUGCAUUGGAUUUGCAGUAGGUCUGGGAAAUGUGUGGAGAUUUCCAUACUUGUGUCAAAUAUAUGGAGGAGGAGCAUUCUUGAUCCCAUACUUCAUAGCACUUGUCUUUGAAGGAAUCCCAUUGUUUCAUCUGGAACUAGCCAUUGGACAGAGCAUGAGAAAAGGCAGCAUUGGUGUCUGGAAUAACAUCUCGCCUUAUCUUGGAGGAGUUGGUAUUGGUUCACUGAUGGUGUCAUUCCUGGUGAGCUUGUAUUAUAACACCAUUUUAGCGUGGGUGAUGUGGUAUUUCGUUAACUCCUUCCAAGAGCCCCUUCCUUGGAGCAUUUGCCCAUUAAAUGGGAACAGAACAGGGUACAUCGAAGAAUGCCAUAAAAGUACUUCAGUAAAUUAUUUCUGGUACAGGAGAGCUUUAAACAUAAGCUCCGAUAUCACUGACAGUGGAAACUUACAAUGGUGGUUAGUUUUGUGUUUGGCUAGUUCUUGGGCAAUUGUAUAUAUUUGUAUCAUUCGAGGAAUUGAAUCUACAGGAAAGGCUAUUUAUGUAACAGCCACAUUUCCUUAUCUGGUCCUAACUAUAUUCCUUAUUCGUGGGCUCACUCUACCAGGAGCCACUGAAGGCUUAGUGUACCUCUUCACACCUAAUCUGAACAUUCUUAAAAAUCCACGGGUAUGGCUUGAUGCAGCCACUCAGAUAUUUUUCUCUCUCUCUUUGGCUUUUGGAGGACUCAUUGCAUUCUCAAGCUACAACUCACAAAAAAAUGACUGUGAGAAGGAUGCUGUGACAAUAGCAGUUGUAAACAGUAUGACAUCAAUCUAUGCCUCCAUCCCAAUUUUUUCUGUUUUGGGAUUUAAGGCAAUCACUGGUCAUUGGGACUGCCUGGACAGGAACAUUAUCAGUAUUAUCAAUGAAUUUGAUCUUCCGGACCAAAGCAUUCUGCGGGACAAUUAUACAGCCUGGUUAGAGUUUCUGAACACAACCCAUCCCAAAAAAAUCGCUGGUCUCAAAUUGAGAAAUUGUGAUCUUCAAGAAUUUCUUGAUCAGAGUGCAUCUGGAACUGGCCUGGCUUUUAUUGUUUUCACUGAAGCAAUUAUUCUGAUGCCUGGCUCACAGGGUUGGGCGGUCCUCUUUUUUAUAAUGUUGUUCAGCUUGGGUCUUUCAUCUAUGUUUGGAAACAUUGAGGGAAUUUUGACUCCCCUCUCGGAGGUUCGUAUUAUAUCUAAAUCUGUACCCAAGGAAGUUCUAUCAGGUAUAAUAUGCCUGAUCUCCUUUGUGACAGCUCUAUGUUUUACCCUGAGGUCUGGUAGCUACUGGCUUGAAGUUUUUGACAGUUAUGCAGGUUCCUUGCCUUUGCUAAUCAUCUCUUUCUUUGAAGUUACUGGUGUUGUCUAUGUUUAUGGAAUAAAAAGGUUCAGUGAUGAUGUGAAAUGGAUGACUGGACGACAACCAAACUUCUACUGGCAGGUGUCAUGGAGAAUUAUUAGCCCUCUGCUUAUGCUUAUAGUUUUUAUUGCCUUUGUUACCCUUCAGACACAGAAGCAACCAAGCUAUGGAGCCUGGAACCCUAAAUAUGAAGGUUUUCCCAUGAAGGAGGAGAAAGACUAUCCAGCUUGGAUACUGGCAAUCUGUGUGUUGUUGGUAGUCAUCCCUUGUAUAUCCAUACCUACGGUAGCAUUCUAUCAUCUAAUCAAAAGAGUGCUAGGAAGGAGAAAAAGGAAGGACUUAAACCCUGUGAACACACUUUCAAUGGCACCUCAGGAAAAUGAUAAUGCUUUUUAUAAUGGUCAAGAAUAUGUAUUCACCCUAACUAUAAAUCAACAAAAAUAAAUGUGAUUUUUAUUGUUAGACAUUAACAUCAUCAGUAUUUUUCUUCAAAAUACUGUCUGUAUCUCCUUAUUCUCUAAUAUUUCUCCUCGUCUCGAUUUCUAAUAGGUCAUUUUCUGCCCAUACACAUAAUUACAGUACUGACAAUUAAAAGAUAGCAUUGAGAUAUUAGCACCCAUAUUAAUCGAUUUGGGUACAAUACCCUAUAUUUUAACUGAACAAUUUUUUUUCAGAGAACUAUAAAUGGUCAGUACUGCACGUUUUCCACAGUAUACAUGUCAAGUAUUUCCUCUCAUUUUCAAACAGCUGCACAGUUUUUGUUUCCAGUUAAAUCUUUUUCCUUCUACAAACCUCCUCUUGCUCCUUACUUACCACACAAGUUUGAGGCUGUUCCCUUGGCCUCUUUUAUCCAUUGUCAUCUUCUUCUUCCCAGUCAGCCUUAAUACUUGGUGCUCUUUGAUAAUUAUCAUAUGCCACGCUCCCUCCAACUCUUUCUUUUCCUCUCUUAUCAAAACUUAUCUGUUCCUAAAUGCUAUCAGCAAUAACAAACACCUACAGCUCAGACCAGGGACUGCACUUACCUGCAGGCAUCAAAUGUAAACUUUUUGUGUUAAAGAUUCUCUGUGUUGAACAUAUGCUAAUUCUUGUAAAGCAUUCUAUGCAACUAUACUAUAGAAGAUUAAAUCUGUAGGAGUUCCAAGAAGCAAAAUAAAAUAUUACCAAUGAAAAAUGAAACUAUACUUAAAUUAAAUAUAGAUAUGAUCAUCAAAGGGUUAUUUAGUUUUAUAUUGUCUUGUGGUCUUGGCACACCAUCAGGUUUUAUAGAUUCAAAUGAAAACCAUUUAUUUGCUCCAGAAACAUAGGCAUAGUACUUACAGUCAUUGUAUCAUUAAAUUCAUUUCCUGUACCAUACUCCAAUCUUGAAGAAGUGUGGACACACUGCAUUUUCUUAACUAAUGUUGUAGGAGUUCUUAGGAUUGUAUUAUUGCUUUAUAGAAUGAAUCCAAAAUAGCAUUUUGUCUCAAUUUCUGAUCUUGUAACCUGACAGAGAUGAUGAAUUUUGAUACUUCUGCUCCAACAUAUUUAAUAAAUUUAGGCAUGUGUGCUAAAGUAUCUUGCUAAUGUGGGAUUUUAGAAAAUAUUAAUUAAAAGGAUAGCAAUGAGUCUAAAAUGGACUUUUAUCAAGUAUAAAUCUAUUCUGAUCAUAAGAAGUUUUGUUAAAUAGACAUUAUUAGAAUCAGAUCUGUCAAUUUGCAAACACUGCACAUUUCUUUACAAAAGCACUCUACUGGCCUCUAUUCAGAAGUGUUUGCCACCUCAGAGUGAAAUCCCAUAAAAGAAACAUUAAAUGACCCUACUGACAAACUGCAAGAAAGAAAGAUCCGGUAACUUCACCUAGGGACACAGAAAGGUAUUGCACUUUGAUGGUGACUGUAUAUAAUGAUUUUUCCCAGUUGUAAAAAUAAUUUCCCAAAUUAAUUGAAGCAUGAAGUAUUUCCAUCCACCGUUUUCUCAAAUGGAAUAGUAUCACAGCUGUUCCAUUCAGUAAGAUAUGGGGACUAUGGAAAAAUGUUUCUAUUUGACUUAGUCACUAAAGCCAUGGUUUUUGUUAUAUUAGUAAUGUCCAAAACAUGAAAAUGAGAUGAACAAGAAUUCAAUUUUUUUAAUUAUUUUUACAAACUCUCAGCAGCCUUGAACUGUAAUUUCACUAAGUGGAAAUUGGGGGCAAAAACAAGUGAACAUAAAAAAAAAAUCAGAAGUAAUGCACAUAAUUGUCUACUCUAAAUUACACUUUCAAAGGUGGAAACCAAAUGAGCUACUAUGAAGAACAAAAACCCAUCAAAAAGAUUUCAUAAGAUAAAAUU